AUGAGUGCAGCACUCAAAGACGCAAAGCAGCAGGUGGACGCUGCUGUUGCACCCAAGAAGCUGUCCGGCGUUGACCUCUACUCCCGAUUCGCGUUUGCGGGCGCCGUCUGCUGCUCCGUCACCCAUGGCUGCCUUACGCCCGUCGAUGUCGUCAAAACCCGCAUCCAGCUCGACCCUGCGACAUACAACCGCGGCAUGAUCGGUGGCUUCCGCCAGGUCAUUGCCAGCGAAGGUGCUGGUGCCCUCCUCACCGGUGCCGGUCCCACCUUCGCCGGUUACUUCCUCCAGGGCGCCUUCAAGUUUGGUGGAUACGAGUUCUUCAAGCAGCAGUCCAUCUCUCUGUUUGGCUACGAGAACGCAAAGAACAACCGCACAGCCGUGUACUUGGCAAGCUCUGCUUGCGCCGAGUUCUUCGCCGACAUUGCCCUGUGCCCUCUCGAAGCCACCCGUAUCCGUCUCGUCUCCGAACCAACCUUUGCAAACGGCCUCAUCGGUGGAUUCACCAAAAUCGCAAAGACUGAGGGUUUCGGUGCAUUCUACUCCGGUUUCGGUCCCAUUCUGUUCAAGCAGGUCCCCUACACCAUGGCCAAGUUCGUCGUCUACGAAAAGGUCGCCGAAUCCAUCUACCAAAACUACGUUGACAAGGCCACCGCCUCCAACGGCAUGAACACCGCGGUCAAUCUUGGCUCGGGUUUGAUUGCUGGUUUCGCCGCCGCCAUUGUCUCUCAGCCUGCCGACACCAUGCUCUCCAAGAUCAACAAGACCAAGGGUCUUCCGGGUGAAGGCACCACCAGCAGAUUGAUCAAGAUUGCCAAAGAGCUUGGAUUGAAGGGAAGCUUUGGUGGAUUGGGAGCGCGUCUGGUCAUGGUCGGUACUCUCACCGCUGGUCAAUUCGCCAUCUACGGCGACAUCAAGAGGGUGAUCGGAGCCGUGGGCGGCGUCGAAAUUGCAAAGUGA